AAUAAGACGUUCACUGCAAGCCAGACCUACCACCUAGAUAAACAUUAAACACAGGCAGAAGUCUUUCAGAACGCGCCCCUGAGAAAUGUCGGAUAUCGAGUCAACUCUGACCCGGAUACAAGGGCACAAGGGCGUCAUCGGUGUCAUUAUCGUGAACAACCAGGGCGUGCCGCUUCGAAGCACGUUCGAGCAUGAUGCCAUGACCAAGCAAUACGCAGACUUGGUGCCUGGCCUCGCGGACCUUGCGCGCAACCUGGUGCGCGACCUGGACCCCCAGAACGACCUCGAGUUCCUGCGGAUCCGCUCACAUAAACAUGAAAUCAUGGUAGCAGCAAAGGACGACUUCGUCCUGCUAGUCAUCCAGGACCCCAACGCGGCCUCCACAUAACACACCGGAGCCUGAGCAACUAGUGCCAUGCGCCCGAAGCCAUGGGCAUCGAAGGGAGCGCUGUAUGCAAUACCAUCGGUCACUUUCGUUCGUUUGUUCAGUUAAUUUGUGUCAAGUGUGUGCGUGAGUAUAAAGGACAGCCGUCCAGUCUGGCGCUGGGGCAGCACGGAAUGAGGUGGGGGAAUACAGUGUGAGCGGGGCGUGCGGAUGACGCGCCCUGCUGGCACCCCGCAUGUGGCGGUGGCGCGCGUAACAACGACAGCCGGUCACGUCACGUUCAGUCUAAUGCAUCACAGCGUUGGAGCACUUGCGUCAUCAGUAGCGUCACUGCUGGCGUCGACAACCAUCAGCGACCCGCCGGGCACGCACGGCGGCGUCUGUCACCGCUUGGGUAUGUGUGUCAUUUUGCGGCCACCACCGUUGUGGCCGCUCAGGUCUCCGGCGCUGCCGCCGCCCUCCAUGUCGCCCACGGGGUGCAGCAGCAUGGCGGACGCCUCUUCUAGCAGCGCGCGGCGCUGUGGGUGGUUGGCCAGCAUGGAGAGCGUGGAAUCCUUCUCCUUGAGCAUGCGGUUCAGGUCGGCCAAAUUGACGUCCAGGUCCUUGGUGGCAUGCAGGAGGAAGGUGCCGCCCACGAUGGUCACGAAGCCGCACGCGCCAGUGAUCACUUGCUCUACGCUUUGCACGUCCUGUUUUUAGCGUAGGACAUGAGCGGCGCGGGGCGAGUAGCGGGGCGGAAAGAUUAGGGGUGAUGUGCUGGCGUGAGCAAGGGCGGGCUGUGGCGGUGCGGUGGAGGAUGUGUGAGCGAGACUGACGUGUGGAGGUGGGGGUGGCGACAGACUACUGACGGACAAGAUGUACAGUUUUGACUACUGAGAAGAUAUCAGUCUAACUGAACGCACGGGUCUGUUUGCAGCCGCACGUGGGCCGAAUGACGGGCAGUAUACCGUAGUCGGCUUUGUAAAAAUGAAUGGCAGC